AUGUGCGUAGCUAGCGGCCGACCUGAAAGCCUUGGAGUCUGCGCUGCGGGGAAAGAAGAGAUACAUUGUGGCAUUUGGAAGAAUCCAUAUAAAGUAUUUUUCUUUUUUUCGUUAUUUCUUCAGUUAUCUAGUCAGAGUGAAGUCAUCACAAGAGUUAUUCAGAGACUAUGUGAAAAAAGAAAGAAGAAUAUCCUUGCAUAUGGAUAUUCCUUACUGGAUGAAAACAGUUCUCAUUUCCGAAUCAUGCCGUCUUCAAAUUUGUGCAGCUACCUGCCUAAUACCGCAACAGAAACUCUUCGGAUCAGUGGCCUCUGGGAAACAUUACUGAGCAGGAUAGGGGAUGAUGUGAUGAUGUAUUUGCUGGAACAAUGCGCAAUCUUUAUGCUGGUUCCCCCUAGUAAUUGCUAUCAAGUUUGCGGGCAGCCCGUUUAUGAACUUAUUUCAAAUAAUGUAGAAUCACCUUUGGUGUUCGUUAAACAAAGAUAUUCAAAGCACAGACAUAAUGCCUUGCUUGACUAUAUGCAGAAAAGGCUUAUGUUUCAUAAAAAACAUUUUUCGGAAUCUUGCUGGUGGAAAUGCAAACGAAAACCUGAAGUCCAACUGUCCGUCAGGAGAAAUGAAGUAAAUAACAAAAGGCAACGCAUGGUGGCUGGUUUGGCAUGUUCUGCUAAAGAUAACCUUAAAGCAAAUAAACAAAUCGAAAUGAUUACCGAACAUUUGGAAAAUCAGACUAGCCCAGGUUUAUCUUCAUCAGCUACAGCUCUGCCCUUGAAAAGGAAGCUUAGUAGGGAAAAACUUAAAAUCACAGCUAAGAGAGCUAAAGUAGAGGAGAAGGCACUAGAGAAGGAGGCUGGGAAUCACAAUCCGAACAUAAACCAGAGAUCGAAAAGAUGUGGAACUGGGAAUGCAGCAUCACUUUCUGAAAGUCUUAAAGAAAAGUACGCUACUAAACAAAGUGACAAUGAUACGCCUGGUCCUUCUUUAGUGAACAAAUCUUACGGUGGGAAGCAGAAAUUUGUUGUAGAUAAAAAGGCAUUUCCUGAAGGAGCUCAAAGUAACAGACCAUUUAAGUCCAGCACUGAAAUGCAAGUGGAAUCCAAUAGAAAAGGAGUUGAGAUGCAUACAUAUAAAUCUCAGGUGGAUUCUGUACAGUUGAAACAAACAGAAAGUGUUUCUUCAAAACACGGAAGCCUGGAAGGUCCCCUGAGUCACUUGGGAAAGAAGUUCCCAAAUAAGAUUUUGCAUUCUGGAGUGUACAUUGAGAGGAAGUCUCUUCUGUAUUCUCGCUGGAGUUUCAAAGAAUGUUUUCCUAAAUGGUUUUUACUGAAUCGCUUGAAGGGUUGUCAGGCGAGCGGCAGGCGGCUCGUGGAAGCUAUAUUCUUGAGCCAAAAUCCGCUGGAACAAAAACGCAAUCACAGCCUGCCACAUCUCAACUGGAAAAAGAAAAGGUUGCCCAAACGCUACUGGCAGAUGAGAAAUAUAUUUCAGAAACUAGUCAAGAACCAUGGAAAGUGCCCUUACUUGUUUCUCCUGAAAAAAAAUUGUCCUGUCGGAGUUUAUGACAAAGAUGCAGGGAAAGCUGAGCUGCCUUGUCCGUCAGCAAUGCCUGGGGGAGCAGAAGUUCACAAGCAAGUAGGACAGUUUGGGAAAGAACCAGCUAGGAACACGAGAGACAGUAGCCAGCAAAGUGGUCACACUGAUGUGACAAAUGACUUGUGUACUCCUCUUCAAAAACCUGCCUGUGGGAAAUCACAUUGCCAGGAACAAAAUCCUGAUGAGGUCUGUGAUUCAGCCAUCCGGGCGCUUCUUGCGCGGUACAGCAGCCGCUGGCACGUGUACGUCUUCGUGCGGCAGUGCCUGGAGCGUGUGGUCCCCCAAGAGUUGUGGGGUUCCAACCACAACAAGUGCCGCUUCCUAAAAAACGUAAAAGCCUUCAUCUCCAUGGGGAAAUUUGAUAAGCUCUCGCUGCGGGAGCUGAUGUGGAAGAUGAGGGUGAAUGACUGCCUGUGGCUUCGUCUAGUCAAAGGUGAUCACUUUGUUCCUGCCUAUGAACAUUGUUUCCGUGAAGAACUUUUGGCUAAAUUCCUAUACUGGCUGAUGGGUACCUAUGUUGUUGAGUUGCUCAGAUCAUUUUUCUAUAUCACCGAGACUAUGUUCCAGAAAAACAUGCUUUUCUACUUCCGAAAGCUUAUUUGGGGCAAGUUACAGAACAUUGGAAUUAGAAACCACUUUGCCAAAGUACAGCUACGUGCUUUAUCUUCAGAGGAGAUAGAAGCUAUCCAUCAAAAAAAACCCAUUCCUAUGGCAUCAAAGCUGCGGUUUAUUCCCAAAUCAAGUGGGCUAAGACCCAUAGUAAGAGUGAGUGGUGUUGUUGAAGCAAGAGCGUUCAGCAAGGAAAGCAGAGAAAAGAAGGUUCAUCACUACAAUACUCAACUGAAAAAUCUAUUUAGUGUGUUAAAUUAUGAAAAGACUAUAAAUGCCACAUUCCUGGGCUCAUCAGUGUUUGGGAAAGAUGAUAUCUUCAAGAUAUGGAAGAAAUUUGUUACAAAGGUUCUUGAAUCGGGUGGUGAGAUUCCUCAUUUCUACUAUGUCAAGACUGAUGUGUCCAGGGCUUAUGAUACCAUUCCUCACAAGAAACUUGUGGAAGUGAUUUCACAGAUCUUAAAACCUGAGAAAAAAACAGUUUACUGCAUACGACGGUAUGCAGUGAUUAAGUUUACAGCAAGUGGAAAAGCCAGGAAGUUCUACAAGAGACAUGUUUCUACUUUCAAGGAUUUUAUGCCAGACAUGAAACAGUUUGUGUCCCAACUUCAGAAGAGUGACUCAUUGCAAAAUUCAAUAGUGGUUGAACAGAGUUUAUCUUUUAAUGAGACAAGUGACAGCCUGUUUACAUUUUUUCUGCAAAUGUUACAUAACAACAUCCUGGAGAUUGAGCGCAGGUACUACUUGCAGUGUUGUGGAAUUCCCCAAGGCUCCAUUUUGUCAACCUUGCUUUGCAGCUUAUGCUAUGGAGACAUGGAAAACAAAUUGCUCUGUGGCAUACAGCAGGAUGGAGUCCUGAUACGUUUAAUUGAUGACUUUUUGCUGGUCACACCACACUUAAUGAAGGCAAGAACUUUUCUGAGGACUCUAGCAACAGGUAUUCCUGAGUAUGGCUUUGCAAUAAACCCUAAUAAGACGAUCGUGAAUUUUCCUGUUGAUGAUAUCCCAGGAUGUUCUGAAUUUAAACAGCUCCCAGAUUGUCGUCUGAUCCCGUGGUGUGGUUUAUUAUUAGAUAUACAGACACUUGAGGUUUACUGCGAUUACUCCAGUUAUAUCGGUACUUCCAUCAGAUCAAGCCUUUCCUUCAAUUCGAGCAGAACAGCUGGGAAAAACAUGAAAUGCAAACUGAUGACAGUCCUCAAGCUCAAAUGCCAUUGUUUAUUUCUUGAUUUACAGAUCAACAGCCUUAGAACAGUUUUCAUUAACAUCUAUAAGAUAUUUUUACUCCAGGCGUACAGGUUCCAUGCAUGUGUUCUCCAACUUCCAUUUAACCAGCAAGUUAAAAACAACCCUUAUUUCUUCCUAAGGAUUAUCUCAGAAACUGCAUCAUGCUGCUAUUCUAUCCUGAAAGCCAAAAAUGCCGGUAUUCCUCUAGGCAACAAGCGUGCAACUGGUGUGUUUCCCUCUGAGGCAGCAGAAUGGCUUUGCUAUCAUGCCUUCACUGUCAAGCUAUCAAACCACAAGGUUGUUUACAAAUGUCUGCUUAAGCCCUUGAAAAUAUGUAAAAUGCAGCUAUUCAGGAAGAUCCCAAAGGAUACUAUGGCAUUACUGAAGACAGCGACAGACCCAGCUGUUUGUCAAGAUUUUAAAGCUAUCUUAAACUAA